AUGCUUUUUAACACGUGUCGCCCUCCUCUCCUCGCAUACAUGACUGCGCUUUGUUUGAUCCUGGAUUGCUUACAACGCGCGGUAACAUACAUGAGGACGACAAUCGGCAAGGAGAGCAUUCACAAUCGACAUCGGAUAACAGCAGCUCACUCGGGUGUCAUCUCUGAACAACGUGUCAAAUAA